UUCUCUCCACCCCCAUACCCUGACACGAACAAGCAGCCAGCAUUGUAAAUGUAUUCUCUAGGCCGAAGCUCUUACAAAUAACUUGGUCACCUCUUCUGCAGCUGGUCAGGUCCUGAUGCCCAUUUUGGGUUGUUUCUUGGGUAAUGGGCCGUCACAAUGUAUCAUAUCCCUGCCUUUCCCGUGAGCCUUCACCUCCUGCUCACCUGGGUGUUCUCGCUCUCGCCUCUCACGUACGCUGCCUGCACACUCAGCGGUGAUGCUCCUCAUUCUGGUGAAGAGCUGACAUGGGCUGUCCAUCUCAACCCUCCUGAAGAUUUAGAAAGAGGGGAGACCCUGGACACACUUGCAGAUGAACUGUCGCAGGUCUUAGGACUUGAGAACCGAGGAGUUAUAGGAGAACUUAAAGACCAUUACUUGUUCGCCUAUGUGGGCGAUCCCCAAUGCCAGGAGGAUGCACGGAGGAAAGCCCAUGCCCUCUUGACACAAAAUAAUAACGUGAGGUGGUUCUCAGAGCAGAAACUACUGAAGAGAUCCAAAAGAAGUUUGCACUUUAAUGAUCCCAAAUACCCGCAGCAAUGGCACUUGCACAAUAGUCACAGCCCUGGAAUGGAUAUUAAUGUUACCGGGGUCUGGGAACGGAAUGUGACGGGUCUCGGGGUGACAGUCGUGGUUGUUGAUGAUGGAGUCCAGCACACUAUUCAGGACAUCCAGCCUAAUUAUAGCCCUGAAGGGAGUUACGACCUGAACUCCAAUGACCCUGACCCUAUGCCGCACCCGGAUGGUGGCAGUGAUAAUCACCAUGGGACACGAUGUGCAGGGGAAAUUGCCGCCGUCUCCAACAACAGCUUCUGCGCAGUGGGAGUAGCAUAUGGAAGCAGGAUUGCUGGGAUACGUGUGCUGGAUGGACCCCUGACAGACAGUAUGGAGGCUAUUGCCUUCAACAAACAUUAUCAGAUCAAUGAUAUCUACAGCUGCAGUUGGGGUCCUGAUGAUGAUGGUAAGACAGUUGAUGGACCCCACCAACUGGGGAAGGCAGCUCUCCAGCAUGGAGUGAUCGCUGGACGAAAAGGGUUUGGAAGCAUCUUUGUGGUUGCCAGCGGUAAUGGAGGCCAGUACAACGAUAACUGUAACUACGAUGGCUACGCCAAUUCCAUCUACACAGUCACUAUAGGAGCUGUCAACGAGGCUGGUAAGAUGCCGUUCUACGCAGAGGAGUGCGCGUCAAUGCUGGCUGUCACCUUCAGUAGCGGAGAUAAAAUGAUGAGGAGUAUUGUAACCUCAGACUGGGACCUGCAGAAGGGGACAGGGUGCACAGAGGGUCAUACAGGGACCUCGGCUGCUGCCCCUAUUGCCGCAGGGAUGAUUGCCCUAAUGCUACAGGUUCGCCCGUGCCUGACUUGGAGGGAUGUCCAGCACAUUAUCGUGUUCACUGCUAUCAAGUAUGAAGACAACAUGGCAGCCUGGGAAACCAAUGGAGCUGGUUUCAGUCAUAGUCACCAGCAUGGGUUCGGUCUAUUGAAUGCGUGGCGACUCACCAAUGCAGCCAAGGUGUGGGAAUCUGUUCCCUAUUUAGCCUCUUAUGUGAGUCCUGCAUUUAAAGAAAAGACAAACAUUCCUCAACUCCCCCACAGACUGGAGCUGAGCUGGAAUGUGACCUCUGCUGACCUCCAGCUUUCAGGGAUGAAAACACUGGAGCAUGUGACAGUGUCAGUCACCAUCUUGCAUCAACGUCGUGGAAACCUGGAGAUUCGUCUGUUCUGUCCAAGUGGAAUCUCCUCACUCAUUGGAGCCAGACGCAGCAUUGACAUGGACCCAAGUGGAUACACAGACUGGACAUUCUCCACCGUUCGAUGCUGGGGAGAGGGUGCAGAAGGUGUAUACAGAUUGCUGAUCAGUGAUUCCGGAGAUAUCAGCGGGGGAAUUUUGGAACGGUGGCAACUGACAUUGUAUGGAUCCUCCUGGAACUCCAUGGAUGUGGCAGAAAGAAGAAGGGUGGUGGAAGACGCUCAGAGUGGUCAGUAUCUGAAUGAUAACUUCUCGCUUCCCUGCCCACCUGGUCUGGAAAUCUCCGAGCAGGAUAAUUAUACCAUCACUAAUAACACCUUGCGGACAUUAAUGCUUGUGGGCUGUUUUGCUGUUUUCUGGUCCCUAUAUUAUACUCUGGAGUUGUACCUGUCACGGAUUUCCAGCACCAAAGAUCUAGAUCUGAGUUGUGAGGAAUGUCAUUGUUUGUGGCCCCGCAGCAAAGGGUCUGUAAGUUUGCAGCAACUGGAAGCAGGCAAAGAGAUGGAGUCUCUGCCUCUGUGUGGUGCAAAAAACUCUACUUUGGAUGAAGAGGAAGAGGAUGAACUUCUAUCAUCCACCAGAAGCCACCAAACUAGAAUUGACCUCACAGGACACAGGCAAAACAGGACCUUGGACCUCCCACCGUACAGGGACAGAAUUAAAGAAGAUGGUUGUGAAUAUGAGAUGACUAUGAUUAACGUAAAUGAGGCCAGAUACGCUUAAUUUGAACAUUGUGGAAUUUGGUCUAAAGCAAGAGAAUAGCAAAGAGUUGUUGGCUUGUCUUUGGAUGGCUUGAAUGCACUUUGGGGGUUCUUGGGCCAGCCUUGGUCUAACAUUAGUCCCCUUUCUCCUUCAUUGUGACUCCUUUUAUUUAAGGGGACAUGUAACCACUUCUUUGAAGCUUCUUUCCACGAUGCUGAUUUUAAUGUAAAGUGACCGUCUUGCUAUUGAAGAUACUGGGCUCAGACAGGCCUCAGAUUUUGUUAUAUUCUAAUGCAAGGUGGUCUCACAGCAAACCGAAUACUCGUUCUACUCCUGACUGUAAACAAGGAACUAUAGACACUGUAAGUCUUAUCGGUUAGGGAGAUGGUGCAGUAAGCAAAUUAUAUUUGCUAUAUAUGAUACUGGUUUAUUAUAUUUAAAUACGGGUGAUAAUUAUUGUCAAGCAUUGGAAACAAAUUCUGCUGCUGGUCUGUGCGUGUGUUUGUGAGCACGUGCGUGUGUUUGUGUGCGUGCACACGUGGGCAAUCCCACAAGUGAUCAUAAUAGACGCAUAAAGUAACAUUGUGGCUUGGGAAUCAAAACUGGUACAAAAGCCAUUUUUUGAUCUAAUGCUGGUUUGUACUUCUAUAUAGGGUGUAUGCAUCACAAAAUGACUGCUGUGUAUAGAAUUGAAAUGUGGACAUUUAUUAUCUGGGAUAUGCCAACAAUGAAACAUACCAAAAUAACUUUAUAGAAACACAGGUUUCUAUAUUGUCUGUAUUCUCAUUCCAUAUUUGUGGAUAAAGUCAAUCGUUCCAUCAUGCUAUGAUACAGAAUUUGUUCAGUUUAUAUCUGGUACAACAGAGGCUUUAUUCUCAAAUAAAGGUAUUUUUGGCUUCAGAUGGGCAGCACAAGGCUCAUUCAAAUAAAGUAUCUGCUCUACCGUAUAAAUCUAUAUAAAAUAUGAGCUAACUUUCAGCUUGAUACGCAUUGUUAAUGUCGGCUUUGUUUUCCUGGCACUGGAGAAUCCCUUUAACUCUUCAUGGUCAGCCGAUAAUCCAAUGUUUCCAGUCUUUGCACUGUGCCA